AUUGUGCUUGAUGCUUGAUUCUGCACAGUAGAAAACUAGAGGCAGCCACCUGCAGCAGCAUCCUCCUCCCACUACUGCUGUGACAUCUGGCAGACGAGGCAGAGAGGCGGAGGAGACACACAGAGAAGCAGCACUGCUGUUGUACACAUCAACUAGAAGAGAAGAAUCAGCAGACUGGCUGCACCACUUUGGCACCAGACAGGAAUUCGGCGCAGCUGCAGGUGUGACCACAAAUGCGCAUGGGAAUAUGGCAGACAACGGAGAAAGCAACUCUACUGAAUGUCCGUCCAUUGAUGACUUCCGUAACCAGGUUUACUCCACAUCUUACUCCCUCAUCACUGUGUUAGGCCUGGUUGGGAAUGGCUUCGCCCUGGCAGUGUUGAUCAGAACCUACCGCCAAAGCUCGCCCUUUCAUGUUUAUAUGCUUAACUUGGCGGUGUCUGAUAUACUGUGUGUCUUGACGCUGCCACUCCGAGUUCUCUACUAUGUCAACAAGGGCCAGUGGUACCUAGGGGAUUUCCUCUGUCGCAUUAGCUCCUACGCCCUGUAUGUAAAUCUCUAUUGCAGUAUUUACUUUAUGGCUGCCAUGUCCAUCACACGUUUCUUAGCCAUUGUCUUCCCAGUGCAGAACAUGCGCUUGGUGACAGAGAACCGUGCUCGUCUGGUGUGUGUGGGUAUCUGGGUGUUUAUCUGUCUUUCAUCCUCACCCUUCCUGAUGUCUGGCCAGCAUUUUGACAAAAUGACAAAUAAAACCAAGUGCUUUGAGCCUCCACAAACUGGUCAAAGUGUGAAGAAACUAGUCGUGCUGAACUAUUUGUCUCUGGUGCUGGGCUUUGUCCUGCCCUUCCUGGUCAUCCUGCUCUGCUAUGCUGGUAUAGUCCGCGCCCUUCUGUCCCGCACCCACGCUGCCCGACGACAGCGGGACACAGGCACCAAAGCCAUCCGAAUGAUUGUCAUCGUCCUGCUGACCUUCCUAAUCAGCUUCAUGCCAUACCACAUACAGCGCACCAUCCACCUGAGCUUCCUGUCCCAAACUGACACUACCUGCUCAGAGCGCAUUGCCAUGCAGAAGUCUGUUGUGGUGACACUGUGUCUGGCCGCUGCCAAUUCAUGCUUUGAUCCACUGCUUUAUUUUUUCUCUGGAGAGGGCUUCCGCAAUCGCUUGUCCUCCCUGCGCCGGUCAGUUACAGGCAGCACCAUGCAUCGUACAGCCAGGCUGAAGCCCAUCGAAGGAUCAAAGCCUGGGGAAAACCAGCAGCUGAAGGCCAGUUAAUUUACACUAGCAGGAUGGUCAUCAAACAAGCAGAGCUCUGGAUUGCUUGUGCCCUCAUUAACAAACAGGGAAGAAGUUGAGAGAAACAUGAAGAAGAAGACGAAAGGGUGGAAUAAAUUACUGCUGGUUUACUCAUGAAGAGAGUAUUUAAAUCAGGGGUCUCAAAUUCAAAUUGGCUCUGGGCCACUGCAGGUAUUGUUGUGUCAUAGGAGGGAAACAUUUGAACGCUCAAGUAUAGGAAAAAAAGAAUGCAAACAGCCUAUUCUAUACAUUUUAUAUUGUUUUAUAUCAUCUAUGUUGUUAACAGAUGAAAGAUCAAAAUCUGCUCUCUUCGUUCUUCUUCUUCUUUAAACUAUAAUUGUAUUUUUAUUUUAUAUGAAUUGAUAGUUUAAAUUGCUCUGAAACAACUUAAAAAAUAUAAUAAUAAAAAAUAAUCUUGUGUGCCUUUUGACAUCAUGUUGCAGGCCAGAGGGAGGGGGAUGGAGGACAGUUUGAGACCCUUGAUUUGAACAUUUAAGCUACAAGUCUCAGUAGGUUUUCAAUUAAAAUUAUAUUUAUUAUUCUGAUAUGUGCAUAUUGUUCAAUAUUUAAGUAAUGAUGUUCUGCAUUGUUGUUAAGACUGUAACCUGUAGCCUAUUAUGUCCCAAAAGUUAUUCAAACUAUUGACUUACAAAUAUAAAUACACAGUGUACCAAUGUAUGAAUGCAUUGUAGAUAAUGUUGUAAAAGGUUUUUGUAUCUAGAUUUUCUUCGAGAACCAUGACUCUUGUAUCGCACAACCUACAUAUAAAUGUUUAUCAAGAAGGGCUAAACUCUGCUGAAUACUGUAGACCAAGUUGCCCACACGUUUUCCCUUGAAGGGCCAAAACUGAAACUUAAAAGUGGGCUGCGGACCAAAAGAAACAGCUAUCGUAUUGCAGUUUGUUGUUUACUGACUCCCUGUGCAAAGUGUCAGUCUGCUGGCCGUUCAGAUUAUAAAGAAAUAAAAUUAUGGAUCCUACAUAUUUUAAAAGCAUUUUUACCUCAUCGCAAAAUCAUCUGUUUUUAUUAAUAUUUUAAAUUAAUAUUUAGUUACCUUUAACUAGAAAGAUUUGUCAAGCCAAACUGAACCUUAUGGUGGGCAACAUUUUGCCCAUGGCUCCGCUUUGGGCAGCUCUGCUGUAGACCUUUACUUUUCUUGACUGUUAUUCUUCUCCUUAUUUUUCUAUCACUCUUAUAUUUAGCAUUGUUGUGGCAGUGUUGAUGUUGUAACGGCCAUAAUGUGUUUUAUUUUUUGUAACUAUUUUAAUAUUAUUAUAAUUUUCUAUCCUUAAUGUAAUUAACUCCAUUUGGAUUCAUAUUUGUUUUUUUGUGCUAUUGAAUGUUAUUAUUACUGUUUUUAACUUUAAAAAAAAA